AUGCAUAAUCUGGUCUGCUGUUGGCUCUUCAUAGGACUCUUUAGUCCUCUCCUGUCUCUUCCUGUCCUUGACUCAAAACAAGAGUCCUUACAGUUCUCUGCCCCUGACGAAGAUGCAAGGUUAACUUUGGAUGAGCUAGAAAGAGCUUUUCUCCUAGAGAUGCUGUCAGAGGACUUCGGUGCAGGACAGGGCAACAGUCUCAAGAAAGCAGAUCCCAGUAUCAAUUUUUUCAGCCCAAGAGGAAACAAGAGAAAGUUUCAGGCUCCCUCUGGACAAGAUCCUAACACUUCACUGAAUCAUCUUUUAGCCAGAAUCAGAAAACAAUAUAAGAAAAAUGGACCUCCUUCAGAAUGCUUCUGGAAAUACUGUGUCUAA